AUGGCUUGCAAGAUGGUCCCUGGUGUGAAGGAAUGCAACGGGGCCGCCCGCAGGGGGCUCCGGGCCACAGCUUCCCUUCUCGAGUCCCCAGCAGGCCGAGCGGUGCGGGGCGGAGCCGGGUGCGAGCGCGGCCAAGCAGCCAAGCGAGCCGGCGCGGUGCAGGACGCGGCGCGGAACCGGGGAACCAUGCAGGCGCGCUCCAAGCAGGCGGUGCAGGCGGCGGCGCAGGAGCUGCUGAAGUUUGUGAACCGAGGGCCCUCCCCUUAUCAUGUGGUGGCUGAGUGCCGGAGCCGCCUGCUUCAGGCUGGCUUCCAAGAGUUGAAGGAAACGGAACACUGGGACAUCCAGCCUGACCAGAAGUAUUUUGUGACCAGAAACUACUCCACGUUGAUUGCCUUCGCUGUGGGGGGGCAGUUCCAGCCAGGCAAUGGAUUCAGCUUGAUUGGAGCCCACACGGACAGUCCCUGUCUGCGGGUGAAGCGCUGUUCGAAGCGUAACCAGGAGGGCACAGUCCAGGUGGCUGUGGAGACCUAUGGGGGCGGCAUCUGGAAUACCUGGUUCGACCGGGACCUCUCCAUUGCCGGAAGAGUCAUUGUCAAGGACUUGUCCACAGGGCGGCUGGAGCAGAAGCUGGUGAGGGUGGAGCGCCCCAUUCUCCGCAUCCCACACCUGGCCAUCCACCUGCAGCGCAAUAUCAACGAGAGCUUUGGGCCAAACACCGAGAACCACCUGGUCCCGAUUCUGGCCACAGAAGCCCAGGAGGCACUGGAGAAGGAGGGGUCCCUGAUGCAAACAGAUUGUGCCUCAUCCUUCCAGCAGAAUCGCCACUCUCCGGCCCUGGUAUCCCUUCUCUGCUCCCAGUUGGAGGUGAAACCUGAGCAGGUGGUAGAGAUGGAGCUCUGUCUAGUGGAUACGCAGCCUCCGGCACUGGGUGGCGCCUUCAGUGAGUUCAUAUUCUCCCCUCGCCUGGACAACCUCCACAGCUGCUACUGUGCCCUGCAGGCUCUGAUUGAAUCGAGCGAAGGGCCGGGAGCUCUGGCCAAAGAGCCAAACGUACGACUCAUUGCACUUUACGACAACGAAGAGGUGGGUUCCGAAAGUGCACAAGGGGCCUCCUCACUCCUGACUGAGCUUGUCAUUCGUCGCAUCUCAGCUUCGCCCCAGAACCUGACGGCGUUUGAGGAAGCUGUGCCAAAGUCCUGCAUGAUCAGUGCAGAUAUGGCCCACGCCGUACACCCCAAUUAUGCGGACAAGCAUGAUAAAAACCACCGUCCAGAGUUCCACAAGGGACCUGUAAUUAAAGUGAACAGCAACCAGCGCUAUGCCUCUACUGCUGUCACCGAGGCAUUGCUCCGUGAGAUUGCCAGCCGUGUGGAUGUCCCCCUGCAAGAAUUCAUGGUUCGGAAUGACUCUCCUUGUGGCACAACCAUUGGGCCCAUCCUGGCCUCCCGUCUUGGCGUGCGUGUCUUGGAUAUGGGCUGCCCACAGCUGGCCAUGCACUCCAUUCGUGAGAUGUGCUGCACCUCAGGGGUCCUUCAGUCCAUCACUCUUUUCAAGGGCUUCUUUGAGCUGUUUCCAGUGCUGGAUCAGGGACUCCUGGCCAACUGAUGGGCAUCUCGAAUGCAGGAAGAGGCAUCCUACUCAUCCCCUCCUUUAGGCUGGAUAACAAUUAAAGCGCAUUUAUGCCAGAGACCCCUAUGUUGUACAGGGGCUGCUAACUGAC